AUGGAUCGCACCAACUACCUGAGUUUGAAAUCCCAAUUUGAAGAUAUACUGGAGAUGCAUGGCUUUACAGUAGUCAUCAAAAACAACACAGAACCACCUAAAGUGCAAGAAGAUGGUUCUGUGCACCGAGAAUUAGCAAAAGCUAAAUUGGUCCUGAGUUGGAUCAAAGCAACUUCCUCCUCUUCCAUCAAAACACUUCUCAUCCCAUGUACCACUGCUCAUCAAGCCUGGACCAUGCUGGCCAAGCGUCUUUCACCUCUUGCUAGCACCCGUGUACGAAUCCUUCGAGACCAAAUUCGCACUCUCCGGAAGGACAGCAGCACCACAGUGGUUGAUUAUCUCAAUUAUGCCAAAUCACUCUUUGAUUCUCUCAUACAAUCUGGUGCAACCAUGGACGAUGAUGAAUUAAUCAGUUAUGUUUUGGAUGGACUUGGUCUUGAAUACAAAGAGCUAGCCACAACACUUCACCUGCAUCCCGAUAUUGACUUUGAUCAAUUCUAUGAUUUAGCUCUAAGAGAACAGCAUUUACAGAAACGCAUGUCUCUUACCAUGACUUCAGGAGUUGCUAUGGCUGCUGAUCGUAUGCCCAAAGAACGUCCCUUCAAUUCACACAUGCCCAAUCAUAAUCACGGAUUUGGAAGAGGACACGGUCGUGGCAGGAAUUGGAAUCAAGGGCGUGGAUCAAGGCGAACAGGGCAUUGA